GUUGUAUGUUUUCGACUUUGAAAGCUAGGACGUUAAUUAUAGUUUCAGAAUUAAGCCUGCGACGUAUGUCGGUAAUGGGUGAUUGUCAUCCGUAAAAACGAAGAAGACAUUAGCACAGAUCACUAAAUAAUAUGGAUUCUGUUAUAUUCGUCUGCUAUAGGAUUAACUCUUAAAUUCCAAGCUACAUAAUGUUUUAUACGAUCAAACAACUUGAAGAGAAAAAUGUUGCUAAUGAAAUAAACUGUAUGGUUUGGAGUAAUCGUAUGGAUUUAGUAGCAUUUUCAAAUAAUAUUUCAGGUGAACUUGCAUUGCACAGAUUGACUUGGACCAGAGCUUGGAGCUUGAAUCCUCCAAAAGAUAAUACCACAGUGAGCGGAAUAGCAUGGAGACCUGAUGGUAAAGUGUUGGCCGUUGCAUAUAAUCCUGGUGAUGUAGUGUUAAUAGAUGUUGAAACUAAGUAUACAAUAACUUCUUUUGACAUUUCCCAAGACAUAUCAUUUAUUUCUUGGAUUCAGGAAAAGGCGCCCAUAAAACAAAAGGAUGUUUUAAAGGCAAAUGAUGAAGAAUCCACAAACCCUCCUGAUUUGUCUAAGCCUUACCUGAGACAUCCACCAAUUUUCUCGCUUAUUGAGGGUCCUCAUAUUGAAGAGGUGCGAAUAUUAUCGAACUUCCUACAGGAUCAAACUGAGUUUAAUAUUUUAAUAGUUGGGACUAAGGAAGGGUUACUGUAUCUGAUUGUUUUUGGUAGUUGGACUUGUGUGGUUAUAGAUGUAAACAAAUACAUAGGUGAAAAAUGUGAAAUUCAAAAUGCCCAUUUUACUGAGGAUUUAAGUAAAAUUAUUGUGACAGUUACAAGAGAAAAUCAAGAAACGAACAUAGUCAUUUUCAAUUCAGAAAUAUUUAAAACUCACACCAAAGAACUUUACAAUGUUACUGCUAAAUAUAUGAAGCUUCAUGAACUUCUAUUGUAUCUCGAAAAAGUUUUGGUAACAAUUACAGAAACAUGGGAAAAUAUUUUACUAGAAAUUGAUAACAAGUUAUCCAAGUAUGCCAGAAAAAUGCCAGAACAGGGAGUUACUGCUGAAUUUUUGGAACUUUUAAUGUUUGGGGUUUGCUCUGAGGAAAUGGAAGAGUUCUUAUUACAUGAUCUGACUAAAAAGGGCUUAGAAAAAUUUGGCCAAAGCAUGGAAAUUAGCUAUUCUAAUAUCCAAUCUUACCUAUUUCGCCAUAUAAUAAAAUUUGCCCCUAAUAUUACUUAUCACCUUACAGAUUUGAAGGGAAUGGCUCAAUUUAAAGAUAGAUAUGGGGGUUUAGGCUUAAAUACUGAGGUAAUCCAAGAAGCAAUUAGAGCCAAUGCUGCUUUUCUGAUCAAAGCAGCCGAAAUGCAGCAGAUAAUAAAUCAUUCCGUGAUUAACUAUAAGGCCUUCUUUAGGUGGUUAUACUCUUCUAUCAUGCACUUAGUGGAUGAGCCCAUUCCCUCAGACAUCCAAAAAAUGACUCAGCAGGAUCUCGCGUGCAUUACGGAGUUUUUGCAAAAUUUUGAUGGAUAUGGUGGCACGGAGAAAAAAGAUUCCAAAUUUGUGAUGGAACGCAUUGGCCAGUAUAUCGUUGACGCGCCAUUGACAAUCAAACCAGACAUGUCUGGCAAUGAUUGGACAGAAUUUCUACAGGAAAAUGAGUGUUUAGCGGAUAAUCCCCAUAUAUUUCAACAUUAUACUGACAAAUCCUUGGUGCAAGUUUUAAAUCAAUUAAAGGAUAGUAUAGACACGAUUUUUAAAAGGCCCUUGAAUCUUAUUGAGAGUCAAAUUAGUCACAUUCAUAAUUUAAAUUGUAAGAAUGUACUGCAAGGAGGUGCCAUAAAGAUGUCUUCAAUUAACAUAUCUAGUGAUGUCCAGGUAUUUUGUUUCCUAAAACCGAAAAAAAAUAUUUGCUUGCUCCAGAUGCAUAUUGAUAAAAAUGGAAAGUGCCAGGCUAGAGCUGGCAAAUUUUCUUUCAUUAAAGAAUCUCAGGAUAGCUUUAAUGUGGUAGACAUCCAAUUUUAUUCCUCAAGUGUUCUAUCAAUUUUGCUUGAGGAAAGCUGCAGUCCAAAUCAUGGAGUGAUGUUGCAAUUUUCUCUACCUUGCGCAUUAGACGAGCUUUUGGAAUUAGAUGUUGCUAAUGUCUUAAAUUUCGAUCACUGUCCUGUCAUAAAUGGGUUUGAUUUUACCACAAAGAUAACUAAGAAUGUAGACAUGUCAGUUUCCAAGUUCGCCGUUUCUGGAAGUAGACGGGUAGGCAUGGUACUGGCAGAAAAUAAGAAAAAAAUUAAACUGUAUGAAAUGGAAUGUGAGGAAGAAGAUGAAGAAGAUACGGACAUGACUAACAUUUUGAAAGAUAUGAGUAUGCAAGAAAGUUUAACAGAAUAGUGUUCAAAAAACGGUAAAAC